CAUGUGCGAGGUGUGUUACUUCCUAGAGUCCUACGUUGCCGUGGAGGGAUCUUCAGUCCUCCCUGCUAUCUUUGGUGCAGCAGCAGCAGCAGCGCGGUGCGGAACGGCGCACAAGUGUUAGUCAGCCAGCAGAAAUGUCGGAAAGUGGGAGCCAGGAACCCUCUGGGGCCCCGAACGGCAGCGACAACCCGUCUAAACGACCGCCUGUCGGCAACAAAGUGACCGUGGUGCUCGGGGCUCAAUGGGGCGACGAGGGGAAAGGAAAAGUUGUGGAUCUGCUGGCACAAGACGCGGAUAUGGUGUGCAGAUGUCAGGGCGGCAACAACGCGGGACACACAGUGGUGGUCGACUCAGUGGAGUACGACUUUCACCUCCUCCCCAGCGGCAUCAUCAACCCCAAGGCCACCGCCUUCAUUGGCAAUGGUGUAGUGAUCCACCUUCCAGGCCUGUUUGAAGAGGCAGAAAAGAACGAACGCAAAGGAAAAGGUUUAAAAGACUGGGAGAAAAGGUUGAUCAUCUCGGACAGAGCGCAUAUUGUGUUUGACUUCCACCAAGCGGUUGAUGGCGUUCAGGAACAGCAGAGACAAGAGCAAGCAGGCAAGAACCUCGGGACAACAAAGAAGGGGAUUGGUCCGGUGUACUCGGCCAAGGCAGCACGUAGCGGUCUCAGGAUAUGUGACCUGUUGGCUGACUUCACCCAGUUCUCUGAAAGGUAUACGGUAUUGGCCCAGCAGUACAAGGCCAUGUACCCCACACUGGAGAUUGACAUAAAGGGAGAGCUGGUCAAAUUAAAGGACUAUGUGGAGCGGAUCAAGCCUAUGGUGAGGGACGGGGUGCACUACAUGUACGAGGCUCUUCAUGGUCCUCCUAAGAAGAUCCUAGUGGAAGGAGCGAACGCAGCGCUACUGGACAUAGAUUUUGGGACGUACCCGUUUGUGACAUCGUCCAACUGCACGGUGGGCGGGGUGUGUACGGGUCUAGGCAUGCCGCCUCAGAACGUCGGGGAGGUUUACGGGGUUGUCAAGGCGUACACCACCAGAGUGGGCAUCGGCGCUUUCCCCUCUGAGCAGAGCAACGAGAUCGGAGAGCGACUUCAGACUCGGGGGAAAGAGGUGGGCGUGACCACAGGCAGGAAGAGACGAUGUGGGUGGCUGGAUCUAGUGCUCAUCAAAUAUGCACACAUGAUUAAUGGCUUCACCGCUUUAGCACUCACCAAGCUGGACAUACUUGACGUGUUCGCUGAGAUCAAAGUGGGCGUAGCCUACAAAGUUGCCGACCAAACUAUACCUCAUUUUCCAGCCAAUCAGGAGGUGCUGCAGCGUGUGGAGGUCCAGUAUGAGACGCUGCCGGGCUGGGAAAGUGACACCUCGGCUGUGAGAAGCUUUAAAGAGCUGCCUGAGAACGCCCAGAAAUAUGUCCACUUCAUUGAGGAGCAUGUGGGAGUGCCUGUCAAGUGGAUCGGAGUUGGCAAGUCCCGGGAGUCCAUGAUCCAGCUGUUCUAGACGAAUGGUGGAGAAAACGCAAGCAAAGAGGACACGCAGCAGCUGACUCAACUGUACCCUUCUUUCCUUUCCCCACUACACACACAGCCUACCUACCUGUCUCAGCUCUCCAACAGAGACUCGACCGUCAUGUCUGUUCUUAAUGUUUUACCACUGUAUCAUCGGACCUAUGUCACAGACCGGACCUCUCUGGAUCACACUCCCAACAGACGGAUCGCCGUGUAUGAAUGGUUCCCAGCGUCUCCAUGUGGAUUUUUAACAGUUUUAAAUUUUAGAAUAACAACUCCACACGCCACCUCCCUCUUUAAUUUGUUCCCGUUUUAUUUAUCGUAGCCAUUCAUUUCAGACAUGCAACACACUCGGCAACACCAGCUGCCAUCAGGUCUGAAAGAGGACACGAGGGAACUGACUGAACACACAAACACACACACACACUGACGCAGACACGGGAUCACUGCCCGGAUGAACUGCCCAGUCGUUUGGUUGGUCAAAUAUUUUAAGUGUAUUUUUGUUCAUCUAUGCUGUGUUUUAAAUGCGCUGUGCCAGUCCGAUGAACGUCAGUUUUAACCUCUGCACUUUAGAUGCUUUGGACUAUAUCUGUGUUAUGUUUUAGUCCCGCCAGGUUUACAGAACAUCCUGACAUGAUAAAGGGAUCCUUUAAUAUUUGUAUUUUUGGCUUCAGACAGAUGUUUGGAGUAAAGACCUCCUAUAUUGCCUUGUCAUUCAACCAAAAAAUGUGCUUUUAAAUUUCCAGUAGCUAGCGACGGCUUCAUCUGAAUGCUGUUAAUGAAAUGUUGGUGCACAUCUGGCCGUAAUGUGAGAAGGUUCAUGUUUUUCGGUCUACUUUUAGCAGGUGAGUUUUACGUGAAUCAGAACAGUAAAUCUGGUGUAAUAAAUGACAAUAACUUGUGUAGGCCAGCAUCUUUUCCCUCACAUCCUAGUGAUUGUGUAUCGUAUUAUUGCCAUUGAUUUACAGAAAAGAUGGAUAAAGUCAUCAUAAGGCAGUUGUUCAUCUCUUUUUUUGUGCAGUGUUCUGCUAUUGUUAUAACACACGUCUUUAAAAACCAGGAAGAUGAGGCUUAAAUUCGUUUGUCUUGGUUUGCAUUUUGCUGUCAGAAAGAGAAACUGGUACUCUUCACUGUUUCACCAAUGAAAUGUUACCAUCCAAAUAAAAUAAUCACAGCUACUUCAGGGUUUGAUGCAACAGCUGGAAAAAUGAUGUCUGAUGUUGCAUUCAGGAAAAUCUCCCUUUACUCCGACUUGGUAUGUUCAUACGUUGUUCCAAGAUGGACUGCUAGCCUUGUAGUCGCAUCAUCUAAAUGGCCUUAAUUAGCUACUUUAACAGUGGUAUAGUAGUGGGAGUGGUUUGUUACCAAGUGAAACCAGAUGCAUAUAAACUGUAUAGCUCUUCACUGAAUUAAUUGUAUUAGUGCUAUUGGAUUUUAUGUAGAUACAUCUGCUGGUGUUGGCAAUACCGACUUGGAAUUACGACCAGGAGGCUAAUGCGUGUUUUUCUGACUCAGUUGCUGAAAAUUAAGGUCUUCAUAUUUGCAUUAUGUUAAAGGGGUACCCCAGUGAUUAAUGGUGCGUCAGAGCUGGGAAUGACGUCACACAGAUUUUAGUCGGAAAACCAAGACUGAUGCCUCUGGCCAUUGUUAGCAAAACCAGUUGACAACACAUGCGGCAUUUUGCACAUACAAACACCAGAGCAACAUGUCUACAGAUAUAAGUUGGACAGGACUGUAUUUAAUGACACACAAAUAAGACAGAAGUGCAAUAAACAGUAAAUUAAAACAUCUUUCGCCACUGUUGAUUCCGGGGGCAGCCAUCUUGGAUUUUGAGGUCGGGGUUGGUGAGGUUCUCCCAACUUUCCGAGCCGGAAAUCCAACUGAAGGGGGCGUUCCUGACAUCACAGCAGUAGUAGUAGUAUUGCUCCUUCAAUAAAGUUGGGGGACAAACAAGAGACAGAUUGUCUUUUUUAAAUAGUCAAAACUGAUACAGCAGGGCUCAGGAUAUUCUGACUUUUAGUCCCUAGUAUGGAGUCAACCCACUAAAAUGCUGGAUCCUACAUCUUUAAUAAUGCAACUCAGUGACGUCAUUCAUUAUGCCACAUUCACAACAUGUGGGAACGAUGGUAAAGAGGGGAAAGAUUACAGUGUUAACGGAUUGUGAGUGCUCACGUCAUCCAACUAAUCAAGAUGGUAUUGACAUAACACCAUAUGCAUUAAAUUUAGGAUUAAAUAUAUUAUCAAUGGACUUUUGCUGAUGUGAGUUGUCCAUGUUUGGUUUUGGGCAUUUCAAGUUUGGUUUUAGUCCCAGUUUCCCAGUUGUAAUUACCUCUUGGAUGUUAACAUGAACAUUAUUUACAAGCAGGACAUGGCAUGCGUAUUAUAACUUCAAUCUGACAUGAAUGUAGCAUUUGACCAGACUUUGGAAAUCUACCCCAGAGCCACAGAAGCCAUAAAACUGUUCACCGACUCCUGAACUUUGUGUAAAAUUGACAGAAUACUCCUUUAAUAAGCCCCUAAGGGCUUGUUUAAUUAAUUGUCACAGAUAUUUCAUAGACCAAGUUUUCAUAACAAUGUGUCACAAAAGUGUAAUGUCCACUUUAAAAACAUAUUGUGGUAAGUGUGAAUGCACCAAUAGAUUCUUAAUAUAUUAUAUUUCCACAUCACUGAAUUAAGAAUUAUUUGAAUGUGUUUUUGUUUUUUAGAAAUUCGCCUUGUUUUUACAGUGGGAGCAUGAGUUACGCUUACUCAUUUUGGAGGUUGUUUUUUGUUUCAAAACACAAUUAAGUAUAAACCUGAUGACAUGAAUGAAAUUUAGCCUUGUAUUUUAAAAGAAGGUGUGAAUCAAGUCAAUGUUUCUGGGAAGCAUUUAGUCAAUUGAUAUGUCAUUUUGGAAUAAAACCUGUCUAUUUGUCAA